CGGCUCAGUCUGCACAGAGGGGCUGUGGCGGAAGGAGGGCUCCACACGGGCUCUGCCACGCAGGUCACCAUGUACAGCUUCAUGGGUGGCGGCCUCUUCUGUGCCUGGGUGGGGACCGUGCUGCUGGUGGUGUCCACGGCCACGGACCACUGGAUGCAGUACCGGCUGUCGGGGUCCUUCGCCCACCAGGGCCUGUGGCGGUACUGCCUGGGCCCCAAGUGCUACCUGCAGACGGAGAGCAUUGCCUACUGGAAUGCCACCCGGGCCUUCAUGAUCCUGUCAGCGCUGUGCGCCACGGCGGGCAUCAUCAUGGGAAUCCUGGCCUUCGCGCAGCAGUCCACCUUCACCCGCCUCUCCCGGCCCUUCUCUGCAGGCAUCAUGUUCCUGGCCUCCACCCUCUUCGUCCUGUUGGCCUUGGCCAUUUACACUGGUGUCACCGUGAGCUUCCUGGGCCGGCGCUUUGGGGACUGGCGCUUUUCCUGGUCCUACAUCCUGGGCUGGGUGUCUCUGCUGAUGACCUUCUUUGCAGGGAUUUUCUACAUGUGCGCCUACCGCAUGCAUGAGUGUCGCCGCCUGUCCACCCCGCGCUGA